CGCUCACAAAAGUGCAGCCGGCCGGGGUGCCCGGGUGCCCGGGUGCGAGCUGCUCCGGGGCGCCCGCAACAAGUGGCUGGGUCGGGACGCAGGGGUGCAGGGGGUGCACGGGGUGCAAAGGUGCAGGAGGGCGGGGGGGACGAGAGCGCAGGCGGCCAGGCGGGCGCAUGGGGACCCCGCGGCGGCGGGGGCGGUGGCGGCGGGCUGGGGGUGGCCCUGGGGUGCCGGGUCUCUGCGCUCUGGGUGCUGCGCCCCUCGCCUGCCUGUGAUCGCACCGGGACCCCGCCCUGCGCACCCCUGGGUGCACCGUGCCCGCUGCACCGCCGCCUCCCCGACCGCCGGGGCUGCACCCCCCCCCCCCCCGUCUCCCCGCCAAGUCGCAGCCCCCGCCGGUGCCCCGAGUCCUUGGGGGCUGCGCAGUUGAGCGCCCUGCCUGGCGCGCUUUCCCUGGACGCGCACCCCACGAUGGAGGGAUCCCGGCGCGGGCGGGCGUGACGGCGGCGCGAUGGGCGCGAACAAUGGCAAACAGUGCGGCAGUGAGGGCAAAGGCAGCUCCAGCAUCUCAUCCGACGUGAGUUCAAGUACAGAUCACACGCCAACUCAAGCCCAGAAGAAUGUGGCGACCAGUGAAGGUGGAGGAGAAGGCUUGAACCUGGGUCCUUGUGCACUGUCAUACUCCGACCUGAGCAUGCGCACGCUGAGCACACCCAGCCCCGCUCUCAUCUGCCCGCCCAGCCUGAUCCCGACAGCCUUCCAGAAUGGCCGGGGCUCGUCCACCUCGUCGUCGUCCAUCACCGGGGAGACCGUGGCGCUCGUGCACUCGCCGCCGCCCUCCGCCCGCCUACUACCGCCGCCCACGCUGAGCGGCCUGGGCCCUCGGGGCUGCCCGGAGCCCCCCGGCAUCGAGCGGCUGCCCGACCCCUGCCUGGUGCGCAUCUUCUCCUUCCUGCCCACCAACCAGCUGUGCCGCUGCGCGCGCGUGGGCCGCCGCUGGUACCACCUGGCCUGGGACCCGCGCCUCUGGAGGACCAUCCGCCUUGCGGGGGACACGGUGCACGUGGACCGUGCGCUGCGGGUGCUCACCCGCCGCCUGUGCCAGGACACCCCCAACGUGUGCCUGCUGCUGGAGGCCGUGGUGCUCAGCGGCUGCCGGCGCCUCACGGACCGCGGGCUCUACACCAUCGCGCAGUGCUGCCCCGAGCUGCGCAGGCUGGAGGUGGCCGGCUGCUACAACGUCUCCAACGAGGCCAUCUUCGACGUCGUGUCCCUCUGUCCCAACCUGGAGCACCUGGACGUCUCAGGCUGCUCCAAGGUCACCUGCAUCAGCCUGACCCGCGAGGCCUCCAUCAAACUGUCCCCCCUGCAUGGCAAACAGAUCUCCAUCCGCUACCUGGACAUGACAGACUGCUUCGUGCUGGAGGACGAGGGCCUGCACACCAUCGCCGCACACUGCACGCAGCUCACCCACCUAUACCUGCGGCGCUGCGUGCGCCUGACGGACGAGGGCCUGCGCUACCUGGUCAUCUACUGCGGUGCCCUGCGGGAGCUGAGCGUGAGCGACUGCCGCUGCGUGAGCGACUUCGGCCUGCGGGAGAUCGCCAAGCUGGAGGGCCGCCUGCGCUACCUGAGCAUCGCGCACUGCGGCCGGGUCACCGACGUGGGGCUGCGCUACGUGGCCAAAUACUGCGCCAAGCUGCGCUACCUGAACGCGCGGGGCUGCGAGGGCAUCACGGACCACGGCCUGGAGUACCUGGCCAAGAGCUGCGCCAAGCUCAAGUCUCUGGACAUCGGCAAAUGCCCCCUGGUAUCCGACGCCGGCCUCGAGUGCCUGGCCCUCAACUGCUUCAACCUCAAGAGGCUCAGCCUCAAGUCGUGCGAGAGCAUCAGCGGCCAGGGCCUGCAGGUGGUGGCCGCCAACUGCUUCGACCUGCAGAUGCUCAACGUGCAGGACUGCGACGUGUCGGUGGAGGCCCUGCGCUUCGUCAAGCGCCACUGUCGGCGCUGUGUCAUCGAGCACACCAACCCCGCCUUCUGCUGAGCUGGGGCCCACCGGGGCCUGGCCUUCGGGUGCCAACGCCGCAGAGGGGUCCUGCUUCCCUUGUGUUUAUUUUCCCUUUGCGUCUCUGAAAAGCAGCCUCUCCAAACUGCUCUUGUCUUCCAGGAAUGAUAUUGGAAGCUCUUCCCCACAAUUUUUUUUUUUUUCUGAUCAGAAAUUUUAAAAAGAGGGAGUGGAGGAAGGGGGAGACAGAUUCAACUUUUUUUCCUUUCCUUUCCUUUCCUUUUUUUUUUUUCCAUUGGGUCUUUGAAAGCGGUCACUGAUAAUCACUUUUGUCUUAUAGGAACGAUGCAGCUUGGAAAGUCUUCCCCAAUUUUUUUAUUAUUAUUAUUUUUGCUGAUCAGCAGAAAUCAAAGAAAAAGGGGGGGAUGGUGGCAGGGGUUGGGCAGACAGAUUUCUAGGACAAAAAGUUUCUGUGUUUCUGUUUAUGCAACCUACGUAGACUGCCUGCACACACACACACGGUGGCUCAGUCUCCUCGGGAGGGUCUUGCAAGCUAAUCUUGUUUUUUUUGUACUAAUUUCCUAUAAGUGACAGAAGUCAAGGGGAAGAAGGGGGGAGGGGACAAAAUUGUAUGGCAGUCAAAAAAAAUUUUUUUGACUAUUCUAUGGAGGUACCCACACCUAUUCACUACCAUUUCUGUUUUCCUGGAAGGUUCCAGCUUUUAUCUUACUUUUCUUGAGUUCCUAUGACAAAAAAAAAAAAAAAAACAAGGGAAAGAAA